AAUUCUUUAAGCAGCUGUUACGGCGCUGCUCCCCCAGCAGAGACGGUGUUCGAUGACAAUGUCGCUGUCAAUAUGCACAGAAUGCCUUUCGCGGCUGAGGCUCUCGUCGAACAUGCCCAAAGGUCUUGCUGUCACCGCAUCAACAUGGACACAGACAACUUCCUUUCACAGCUCUGCAGCGCAGUAUAAAUCCCCCUUACUUAAAAAGAAAGUCUCCCAAUCCGGUACCUCAGCACCCAGAGCUCGCCAAUCCCAAUCCGCGCGUCUGAAGAAGAAGGGUCGCGAACGUCCCAAGCUACCUCCGAUCGGCGAACGCCGAGCCCAACGCCGCCGCAUUGUUCUCUCAAACACCAAUGCCUUACCCGUAUCGGACAUGGAGACAUGGAGCAAGGAGAAUGUGAUCGACGAGAAGACUGUUGGACAGAUGAUGGCACUUGAUGGUGGGCUGUUGGACCAAUUGAGAGAUUCGGGGGCCUUUAAGACGACCCAGAACUGGAGUCUAUUUCGCAGGCCGGCGAUUUUGAUACGAGAGGAAACUCUUCGGAUUGCGAAGGAAAUGGAUGAUAUAAAGCAGGAGGGUGAGAAGAAAAAGGUCGUGAAGCAUUUAGUCAUUGGCGAGAAGGCCAGUGGGAAAAGUGUUCUGAUGUUGCAAGCCAUGAGCAUGGCGUACAUGGAUCAUUGGAUUGUCGUGAAUGUCCCAGAAGCGCAAGAUUUUGUCAACAACACGUCUUCAUACGCCCCUCUUCGACACGCGGAAGACGAGUCUCAACACAUGUACAUCCAACCACAGCUAACCCAACUCCUGCUCACCCGCAUUGCCACUUCCAACGACUCCGUCUUGAAGUCCUUGAGACUGAACCACGCACAUCCCAAACCACUCUCUCUCAAGAACAACUCCACACUACUAGAUCUCGCUCAGAAAGGCGCAGGCGACCAUCACCUCUCGUGGCAAGCAUGGCAAGCCUUCUACAAAGAGCUUACGGAACCAGGACAGAACCCUCGUCCACCAGUCCUGUUUGCCGCCGAUGGCGUGGACCACUGGAUGGGUCCCACGGCAUACCGCGACAGCGAGCAUAAAAUCCUCCAUUCGCAUCAAUUCGCGUUGGUGAAGCAAUUCAUCAACCUCCUGUUCACAGGCAACACGUCGAAAACCUCGCCAUUCAUCAACGGUGGCAUGGUCCUCUUCAGCACCUCGGGCUCAAAUACUCCCGCUUACCCGACUUUCGACCUCAUCCUCUCUCAGAUGCGGGCUCGCCAGCUACACUCGAUCUCUCCCACACACCCAGAUUUUCCCUUGCCGAAGCCCUACAGCAAACCCGACCCGCGAGUCCUCGCUCUUUCUGCACCGGCCACUCGCGGAGAUCUGAAUCUGAUGGAGUUGAAAGGCUUGAAUAAACUAGAGUCGAGAGGCUACUUGGAAUAUUUCGCAAAGAGUGGGCUUUUGCAUAGACGCAUUACAGAUGGCCUGGUGAGUGAGAUGAGGGGUUUGAGUGGAGGCGGAGUCGUGGGUGAGCUGGCGAAACUGAGUAGACGCGUGAUUGCUUGAAAGCGGAGAGCAUGACAGGUGGCAGGCAGUGGACUGGGGUUAUACAACACAACGGAAAGAGAUCAGAAAGGAUCGGAAGUCUAGGAGCAUGUCGACUGUGGAUGGGAUGCUGCUGUGCACCAAAGGGCUGCUGGAAAGGACACCAUCCCUGACCUCAAUUGGCCUCUUUCCUCAGACGGAAUGUUGGGAGCAGAGUGAUCUGGUAUAGCUGGCUCAUUCACGCAGGGGGAUAGGGUGUAGACUGAGCCACGUCUUGUGUGAUAUCAAGGAGAACGGUGUACGAUACAGACAGAUACUGUUGAAGAGCGCAAGCCUCCACAUGCACAUAUCCAGAGGACUCGAAAUGUUUCAUCGCAAUCAUCAACGGAGGAGCUCGAGAUACCGGGAUGUCAGUGUCAGACUGGGAUCAAAGUUCUGGUAGAGCCUCCGUAGCAGUAAAGAGAAGGAGUGGUGGACUCAAGGAGCCAUUCGCAGCAGUCACUUGCAGUAUCUGGAGCUGCGUCCAGCAGGUACAUGUGUAGGUAAACACGGAGCAUCUGAUGAACUCUGUAC